AUGCCGGGCAAGAUUCUUAGUUCGAAUGUUAAACCUUUGGGUGAAUUGAACCCUGAUUUCGUAUUAUCUGUCAAAUACCUGGUGGAUCAAACAGGUGUACCAAUUGAAAACUCUGACCAAAAGUUUGCUAAAUUGAUCAAAACAUUGAAAAGUGCUGGGUUUUAUAGUCAAGUUAGACCUGGUGAAGAUUCAACUUUAUUAUUAUUCAUCAAAGUUAGUGACGCUGUGCUUUUGAAAGCAUUGAAGUCAUUCCAUCUAAAAGAUUAUUUAUAUGGUGUUAAAAACUCAAUUGAUGAUGAUGAACAAAUUUUGGAACACUUAUCAAGCGCUGAGAAAUUACGUGCUGCUUACUCGUUAAUUAGUGAUCCUGUCUUUGAAGGUGGUGCUGGUAUCACCCCAGGAGCUGGUGAAUGGGCUUUUGUUGAAAAAAUCAUUCCAUUGUAUGAUUAUGAAUUGACCAAGAGAUUAAUCACCGAAUGGAGUAAAAAACCAUUGAUUGAUGAAAAUGACAUUGCUACUAUUAAAGACAUUGCAGGUGAAAAAGUUGCAUUGUAUUUUGGAUUCUUGAGAUUCUAUACCGUUUGGUUAGUUGUUCCUUCUGUUUUAGGUUUUGUUUCCUACUUGUUCUUUAGCAGAUAUUCAAUUGUUUUCACUAUUUUGAACUUGUUGUGGGCAAUUGUCAUGACCAAUGCUUGGAAAAAGAAGGAAAAUGUUUAUGCUAUUACUUGGAAUACAAAAGAUUCUUCUUUUAUUGAAACUAAAAGAGGUGAAUUUGUUGGUGAAACUGAAGAAAUUGACACUGUUACUGGUAUUAAGUCUCCAGCUUUCCCAAGUUGGAAGAGAACUUUGAGAGAAUUGGCUUUUAUUCCAGUCGCUAUUGGUGCUGCUCUAGUUUUGGUUUCUUAUCAAUUUGGUUGUUUUUUCAUUGAAAUCUUUUUGAAUGAAAUUUAUGAUGGUCCUGGUAAACAAUUCUUAAGUUUAGUUCCAACUGUCUUGAUUGUUGGUUUUAUUCCAAUCUUGACUGCAGGUUACACCAUUUUUGCUAACAAAUUCUUGGCUUGGGAAAAUCAUGAUACAAAUACAAGUUAUGAACGUUCAUCUGUUCAAAAACAAUUUAUUUUGAACUUUUUAGCCUCUUAUAUGCCAUUAUUCAUUACCAGUUUUGUUUAUUUACCAUUUGGUCAUUUGGUUAACCCAUACUUGUCAUUUAUCCAAACCCAAACCAGUAAAUACAACAUCUCAAUCCAACAAAAUAGAUUUCAAAUCAAUAAGGAUAGAUUGAAUCAACAAUUUGCUUACUUUGCCGUUACUGCUCAAGUUGUUGGAUUUUUCCUUGAAAAUAUUGUUCCAGUUGUUAUCCGUAAAGUUACUGAACAUUUCAGAAGUUCAAAGGAAAACAACUCUGCUGUUGCAUUAACUGAUUUACCUGAAGAGGCUCAAUUCUUGUCUGAAGUUCGUAAACAAGUUGCAUUACCACCAUUCAAUGUUAAUGAUGAAUACAGAGAAAUGGUUGUUCAAUUUGGUUAUUUGGCUAUUUUUGGUCCAGUUUGGUCAUUAGCUCCAAUUGUUUCAUUAGUUAACAACUGGAUUGAAUUUAGAGGUGAUGCUUAUAAAUUGUUUAACGAAACUCAAAGACCAAUUCCAGUCAAAGCUGAUACAAUUGCUCCAUGGAACACCAACUUGAGAUUUUUGACUUGGUUGGCUACUUUAGUUGCUCCAGCUAUUACUGCAUUGUUUAGACAAUCUGACAUUUUGGAAGAAAGUGAAGGAAGUUACUUGAAGAGUCCAGUUAGAAUUCCAGCAUGGACAUUAUUUGCUGUUAUUUUAUUUACUGAACAUUUCUCAAUUGCAUUGAACUUUAUUGUCGAAGCCGUUUACAACAAGAUUGGUACCAAGACUGAAAGAAACUUCAAGAGUAAUGUUUAUAAAACUCGUCGUCAAUAUAUUGAUGGUUAUCUC